ACCCCGGAACCAGGAAGAGUCCAGCUUGUUGUGGGACGUCGUGGUUGAUUUGCUGCUGGUUUCUUCGUCCUCCUGGCUCAAAUGGCGAGCUCCGCGGGUCCGGACCGGGCCGGACCGGUGCUCUGGUCCCUGCUCCUGCUGGUACUUAUGGGGCUCAGCGGGCCGAUUGACGCCGCGUCCGAACCGGGGAAAUGGAUCCUGAACGUCGAUAGCGAAACUCUGAAGAAGCAGACCUUCUUCCUCUUCACUAAAACUCUGUUCAACAACAGCUUCAUCCAUCUGAAAUUGGGGGCAGAGAGCUGUAACGCCUCGUUAAACGUCUCGUGGUAUCUGAGGAACUCGCACUGCUACGAUGAAGUCUUCAGCCUGGACGCAACGCAGGCAGCACUUUAUUUCAGGUCGACAGAGGUCAAACCAGGAGGAGGAAGUGGUUUCUAUGUCUUUCACCAAUAUUCUGCCAUCACCUGCGAGCCUCACACCAACCCCGACAGGUUUGGCCUGGAUGUCUUUGACACGAAAACUCAACUGAUAAUACCGCAGCAGGAACAGCCAAUCACAGAGAAGACUUCAGGCAGCAGGAGGAGGAGGGGAGCUGCGAUAGAGCAUCCGAAACCAAAGGCUCCUGCAGCGGAGAAGUCAAACACUUCAGCAGAAACAGGGAAAGGCGGCGCCCCUCCUAAAAAGGCUCGUCAUCCUCACUUCGAUGCGGUGGCGGAGAGCUGGGAGGACGGACCCUACAUGUUCAUCCUGAGCAUCAAAGAGAUCAAAGACAGGAGCCGAGCCCCCGACCCCGCCAACCCUCCGGCACCCUGGAAUCUACAGCUGCAGAUCAGCAUGAGGGGUCCUCAUGACUUCAUAUCAGCCUCUGAAUGGCCUCUGAUGGUGUUCUACAUGGUGAUGUGUAUCGUCUACGUGCUGCUGGCGUUGCUGUGGUUGGUCCUGUCGGCGUGUUACUGGAGGGAUCUGCUCAGGAUCCAGUUCUGGAUCGGAGGAGUCAUCUUCCUGGGCAUGUUGGAGAAAGCCGUUUACUACGCCGAGUUUCAGAGCAUCAGAUACGACGGCUUGUCUGUCCAGGGGGCAGUGGUGUUCGCUGAGGUCCUCUCCGCAGUCAAGAGGACUCUGGCCAGGGUGCUGGUGAUCAUCGCCAGCCUGGGAUACGGCAUCGUCAAGCCCAGACUCGGCGCGUUGCUCCACAGAGUAGUCGGAGUCGGUCUGCUCUACCUGAUCUUCUCCAUCGUCGAGGGGAUCCUACGAGUCAACGCUGAUCGAGGCGACAACACCAGCAGUAGAGUUUUGUGUGACAUAGUGCUGGCCUUCACUGACUCCUGUAUUGUCUGGUGGAUCUUUGUGAGUCUGGCUCAGACGAUGAAGCUGCUGAGGCUGAGGAGGAACGUGGUGAAGCUCUCGCUCUACAGACACUUCACCAACACGCUCAUCUUCGCCGUCAUAGCGUCAGUCAUCUUCAUCAUCUGGACCACCAAGACCUUCAAGAUGUCUAAAUGUCAGUCUGACUGGAGGGAGCUGUGGAUAGAUGACGCUUUCUGGCGCUUCCUGUUCUCCCUCAUCCUAUUGGUCAUCAUGUUCCUAUGGCGACCGUCGGCCAAUAACCAGAGGUGUGUUAGAGAGAGAGAGUACGCCUUCAGCCCUCUGGUGGAUGAAGAGAGCGAGGAAGAGGAGAAGGAGCCCAUGAUGAACGAGGCUUUCGAGGGGAUGAAGAUGAGGGGGAUGAAGAACGAGACGAACGGAACGGCCAAAGCCAACAAAGUGGAUGAGGAUCUGAAAUGGGUUGAAGAGAACAUCCCGUCAUCUAUGGCAGACGUCGCUCUGCCGCCUCUGCUGGACUCUGAUGAGGAAACCAUGACGACUAAGUUUGAGAUGUCCAAGAUGGAGUGAAGUAGUAGUAGAAGAAGAAGAAGAAAAAGAAAAGAUGGUUGGAUGAUGUUUGACAAACACACCGGUCUGAUGGAUAAAUAAUAACAGAAUAUAUUGUGUAUGAGGUGGAGUGAAACUAAAUGCACAUGAGGAAGAAAAACUGAUGGAUGAAAGAGGGAACGUGGAAGAAGAAGGAGUGUUUUCUUUGGGAGACGACGGAGGUGUCGGUAUGUGAUUUAAUCCCUGAAUUUAUGAGCUUUGUAAGCCUUGAUUGUACAUACACUGGGAGACAAAUCCAUCACAGCGGCACACAGAUGCUUUUUAUUUUUUUCUUUUUAUUGCCUGUUUGUAUUUAUAUCUCUCUCUCUAUAUAUAUAUAUAUAUACAGUAUAUUUUGACAAAUUUGAUGUUUAAUGAGGAUCUCUGCUACAGAGCGGCUCAUUCGCCUUUUCACUGUUUACAUGCAGAAAAUGUGAUUUUCAGAUCUCGUCUCGUCAGAUAUUUUGUGUUUUUCACUGUUUGACACGACAGUAGCUCCUCCUCCUCCUCUCUCUGCUGUUGUUGAUAUAUUGUUUUUUUUUUUAAGUUGACGCAGUUCCAUACAUGUUGCGUGAGUCAUUCGGAUCCUUUCGAACUGUAAAAAAAACCAAAGUUGUGAAUCAAAAGCGGAGAAAAAAAAAAACAUGGAUGUGAAUGAAAAUAAAUUUCUCUCUUAAUUUGUCUUUUUUUUUUUUGGAGGUUUCCAUAUAUCGUUCCAGCUGCUUCCUGUGCAGUUUGAACCAUUAAAUUUGUUCACAUUAUGAUCAAUUCUCUUCAUAAAGUUACUGACACUUCACACAGACUGUGUGCUUUGGCUGAGUGGGAAAUUAUUUUAUAGCUUUACUUUGUCUUUUAGCAG